AUGGCUUCAGCCGCCUCUGCCUCAGCUGUCGCUGCUACACCGACCCCUUCUACAGCUACUGGCGAGUCAACUACUCCAACGAUACCACCACAAAAGUCAUCAAAACAGCGAAAGAAGCAGCCCUCAAAAGAAGAUCACACACUACCCAGCGACCCGGAAGUGAUUUGGCCCCCACCAUACGUGAUAGAGGAUGGACUGAGGAGGGUAGAGCCGUAUCACUUUGCUUAUCGCACAUGGGUUAAGGAACGAUGGCGUGGCAGGGCAUUGAUUGAUGUGUUCGAGAGUGAGUUCAGAGACCGGCCGAUCGAGUACUAUCGGGAAUGCAUGGAGAAGGGGAGUGUUUUGGUCAACGCCAAGAAGGUUGGGCCCAACCACAUCUUGAAGAACGGAGAGCUUAUCGCACACAUCUGCCACCGCCACGAGCCUCCCUGCACAGCCGACCCCGUUCAGGUCCUUCACGAAGACGACGAGAUGAUCGUCAUCAACAAACCGUCGGGCAUGCCCGUCCACCCUGCCGGAAGGUACAACUUCAACUCAGUGGUCGAGGUUAUGCGGUCAGAGCGGUCGCGUGACUUCAAGGCCUACCCGUGUAAUCGCCUCGACAGGCUGACUAGCGGUAUCAUGUUCAUAGCGAAGACCCCCCAGGCCGCAUGCAAGAUGGGCGAGCAGAUCAUGGGCCGCACCGUCCGUAAAGAAUACUUGGCCAGGGUAACCGGGCGCUUCCCUGACGGCGAGGUCAUUUGCAACGAGCCCAUCUUGCAGAUCUCGCCCAAGCUUGGACUGAACCGCGUGAGGGCCAACGGACGGCACGCUCGCACCGUCUUCAAGAGGCUGGCGUACUAUCCCCCUUCAGAAGGACAAGGCGACGACGAGGCAAAGCCCGGAGAGGCAUUCAAUGGCAAGCCGUGGAGGAACAAGCAGGGCUAUUCUAUUGUGCGCUGUCUUCCUGUUACGGGGAGAACUCACCAGCUCAGAGUUCAUCUGCAACACCUCGGACACCCGAUCGAGAAUGACCCCAUCUAUGCAAACUACAAGGUCUGGGGGCUUAACCUUGGCGCCAACGACGGUGAUGCUACCCUCAAUAGCGACGAAGAUAUCAUCAGUCGUCUCUCGCGCAUGGGGAAGGAGGAGGUUGCCGAGGCUGUUGCGUACUACGACGAGAUGGUUGACGAGUACUACAAAAAGAAGGCCGAGAAGAUGUCAGGAGAGCUCUGCAAGGAGUGUGACACCCCUCUCUACACAGAUCCUGGGUCUCACGAGCUCUCGCUGUGGCUACACAGCCUACGCUACGAGGACUCUGGAGGUGCCUGGAGCUACUCGAGUCCGAUGCCGAAAUGGGCUCUGCCUCCCCAAGGGAUGAACGGUCCCGUGGAAGUGGGAGACAUGAAGGAUCUAGUCGUUGCAGUCAAGGACACCAAUCCAGAACUCAUAUCGGCCGACGUUGCCUGUGAAACAUGA